AUCUAGUCUUCACUUCUUUUUCAUUAAGGAGUCUUUCGUAUGACCAAAGAGCCACUUCCAAUUUCAAGGAUAAUAAAUCGAAAAAAAACUAGGGUUUCACAGAUCGUGAUGAAGAAGAGACAAGUGGUAAUAAAGCAAAGAUCAAGGAACUCCAACGCGUCGUCGUCUUGGACUACUACUUCUUCAUCGGCGACUGGUAACAUCCGUUACGUGGAGUGUCAGAAGAAUCACGCUGCUAACAUCGGAGGUUAUGCAGUCGACGGUUGCCGUGAGUUUAUGGCCGCCGGCGAAGAAGGAACCGUUGAUGCUUUGAGCUGCGCCGCUUGUGGUUGUCACCGGAGUUUUCACCGGAAGGAAGUGAAUAUGGAGGUUGUUUGUGAGUACUCUCCACCUAAUGCUUGAUUUUUCCAUGAUUCAACCUUUUUUUUAUAAUCUUUCUGUGAUUUGGAUUUUAUCGAUUGAAUUUUAAAGGUGAAGUGAUAUAUUUGUAUAUGGUUAUUGAUGUGUAUAUCAACAGCUCAAAAACUGCCGGUCUUGUAUUUAAUUUUUAAAGUAUUGUAUAUAAUUCUGUCUGUGAUGUAAACAA